AUGGCCAGUCAAUACCAAGAUCACCAAAAACAAAGGUAUGCUCAACAACAACGAAUGGAUAUGAAAAAUGGUUUGUCCAUGAGAAUCCCCAUCACCCCAACAGUCCAAUUAGCUCGAAGUCAGAAUUUGAAUCAGAAUCAAGCAGAACAAACUGAAGACUGGCAACCGUUUCAACCUACCCCCAUUCCGAAAAAUGUAACAGUACAACGCAAAUCAAAGACCAUCAGAUUACGAACUAAAUCAAAGCGCAACAAAACAAAAGCCAUCAACUCUGGCGAUUCAAUUAAAGCAGCAGGCUCAGAACGUAUAGAAACAAAGAAACAAAUCGAUAGACAGGACAUACCUGAUUCUGACAAGAUAGCUGGGGAAGUCGUAUACAUACCUCCUUCCCUUCUUCAACAAGUACUUGGGAAUUCAGAGAAAGGUCGAGUUCUGGGUGAUAUCAAUGGUCAUGAAAUAUCCAGAGUGGAUUUUAGUGCUUUGUCAGAUUUGGUUGGUAAAAACCCAAACGUUCAGUUGGAAGGUCUGCAACGACUCCUGGAAGAAACUUCUGGAGACGCUCCUGUGUUUCCAGUUAUUCAAGGGCCACAACCGUUCAAAAAGAAUGAUCAUACACCCAUCACAGAAAAAACUAACGAUAUACCCAAUCCUAAUACAAGACCAAAUAUCAAGGUGGAUCACGAACAAACACCUCGAGUAUCCUCCAUAAUUCCGACGACUCCUGUAGCUCAGAACUCUUUGGAAAACAUUCAGAAACAGUUGGACGAGGCUUCCAAGCUUGAUGCUGAUGAUGCUCUCGCCAGAGCUCAAGCACAGGCGAAAGCUCAUGUUGAGGCUCAACAUAAGGCUAUCGAAGAAGCUCAGAAAGCUAUUUUUGAAAAAGUGCAGAAGUCCUUCGGGAAUUCUCAAGCAUUACCUUUGGUACAGAUCAAUCCACAAGUACUCAACCAACUCAGUUUCAGUCCAACUCCGAGCGCAGAUGAUAUAUCAGCCAUUUCCUACGUGCCAAAAUUGAGAGUUGAGAAACCAGCAACUAUAUCUGUACCAUUGAAUCCAGCACUUGACGUAACAUUGACUACUCCCGCUCCAAUUUCUGGAAAAUUGUUCAGCCCAGCAGUUAGCAGCAUACAAGAGGCUUCUAUACCUGAACUCAAUGGACGUCCUAAUAAGGUGUCUCUGAAUAGUUUCGAUAAUAAUGCACCGCUUCAUCAGUAUCCUUCAAAGAACGUGCAGUAUUACGCACCGAACCAUAUUCAUCAAGCAGCUACCCAACUUCAAGCGGAAAGAACUCUUAUGGCACAAGUAAAAUCCCAAAAUGAGGCUAUACUGAAUAGUCUUCAAUCGCCCAAUACUAUAGUUAGACACCAAACAGUGUCUGCACAGAAGAGAAUGAGGAAUAAAAAUAUUCAGAAAAUUUCAAGUGAUGUACUAGAACCUACAAAAUAUCAACAAUCCAAUGCGGAAACUCAACCUGAGAAACUGAAAGUAGUUGAUUCUGGUUCUGGUAAACAACUCAAUGGUUCUGAUAAUGUAAGUGAAAGUAACAUUCAACGAUUCAAACGACAUGUUGGUUGA